AUGAAGCGGCGCUUGGGCGGCUUCGUGGGCUUUCUUUGGCUUCUUCUUGGAGGAGCCUGGGCAACUUUCACUCCAUUCGUCGCCUGGCGCAACUGCACACUGCAGCCGCACAAAUUCCGCCUACAUGACGUGGGCAUGACAGCGUCAAAGAAUCAUGAGUUUGAGACAGCAGCAGAGUUUCGCCCACUGCGUCGCUACAGAAAUGAGGCAAAUCAGAAGCCUCUGGCGGAGUGGCUGAAGAGUUUGGGCUUGAGCCAGACGCAGGCCGACAAACUGAUUGCUAAGUGCCCUCGAUUGCUUGACUUGAACAUUGAGUCGAAUCUGAAGCCCACAGUGGAGUGGAUCAAGAGUUUGGGCAUGAGCCAGACGCAGGUUGUCAAAGUGGUCCUGCGGCACCCUCGAUUGCUUAGCUUAUGCAUUGAGUCGAAUCUGAAGCCCACAGUGGAGUGGAUCAAGAGUUUGGGUUUGAGCCAGACGCAGGUUGUCAAAGUGGUCCUGCGGCACCCACAGGUGCUUGGCUUGAACGUUGAAUCGAAUCUGAAGCCCACAGUGGAGUGGAUCAAGAGUUUGGGCUUCAGCCAGACGCAGGCUGCCAAAAUGGUGUGGAAGAGCCCUGAUAUGCUUGACUACAGCAUUGAGGCAAAUCUGAAGCCAAAGGUGGAGUGGAUGAAGAGUUUGGGUUUGAGCCAGAUGCAGGUUGCCGACCUGAUCGCAAGCUUCCCUCGAGUUCUUGGCUUGAGCAUCGAAACCAAUCUCCGCGUAAAGCAUUUGCUGUUACAGCGAUGCUUUCCUGGCAACGAGGCAGCCGAGCUUUUGGCACGAUACCCACGUUUGUGGAGCUACAGUUCAGAUCGGCUGGACUAUCGCAUGCGCGUGUUGGACUCCGCAGGUCAGCUGCAUAAGUGCAAGGAAGUGGGCGGCCGCCUGUUGGUUGGAUAA